AUGGUUGUUCACGGCAUAGAUGGCGAAGCCAGCAAUGGCGAGGAUGAGGAAGAGGACGAUGAUGAUGAUUGCGAUGGUGAUGUUGCGCUUGACCAUUUUGGGUGGAUACGAUCUGGGAUCGUGGAUGUGGAGGCGGUGGUGGUGGUUGUUAGGUUAAUAGUGGCCGACUCUCCUUCGAGAAAAGUCUAG